AUGGUGCCCACGCUUCCCUCCUCCCAGGGCGAAGCACCGGAAGCACCGCCGGACCUGCAUCCGGUGCCCAGUGCAGGGAGUUUCGGGCAUCCGGAACUUUGCCAGCGCCCAUGCUUGCACUUCCUGGUCGGGAGGAACUGUUUGGCAGGUGAUGCGUGCAACUACUGCCACCUUCCCCACAGUCCUGGCCCGAAGUUGGACAAGAGGCAGCGCCGCAUCAUCGAAGAGAUGCCCAAGGCCCACUUUCUCCCUUUGGCCCUGGAGCUGCUCGCGGACAAGGCCCGCGCCAUGGAGCUUCAGGGCACUGAGGCUCUCAUGGGCAUCCUGGAAAACGAGGUCCAGUCUGAGGACGCCCCGGCAGCAGCGGCACCAGCAGGGGUUUCUGGCCGCCCGCCACUCGGGUUGAUGCGCUGCUUGCGCGCGAUGGGUUUCCGCAACCUGACGAACAUGGCGGCCAGGAAGUGUGCGGAGGGUACCAAGAUCCGUAUUCGUGAGACGGUGCAGGCCUUGCGCGCGAAUGUUUCUCAGGGGCAAGCUGGUGCUCGAGUAACGAGCUGA